GGAAGAGAAAAUGGGCAAGACGGGAGCGAGAGGGAGCUGCCAGCCUUCCGGCAUCUUAACCGGGGUGUCGGGAUAAAUGUGUGUCUUUUCCAAGCAGAAGCAGCGCUUUAUUCGGUUCAGCAAAACGAUGAUCCGAUUCCUGGGGAGGAGGCACAUGUGUGACUUUCUGAUGUGGCCGAUUGCGGUCUGAGUGUUUAUCUGCGAAGUUUGCGGAAGGCACCACGCGUCCGAUUGCCCUUUCGGAGCGUUUUUCAGACGCUUUCUCCUGGGUUUCGUGUAUGGGCUCUCUGCCCUGUGCUGGUUUCCCAAGUUAAACCACGGCGAAACGAGGCACCGUGACAGUCGUGAGAAACAUCUCCGUGCUGCCAUUUUAAGAUCGCCAAGGGGCGUUUCUGGUGAAAAAUGUACCGAUGGAGAGACUCGGCUUUUCCAGCAACAUUAAGCAGGGAUCUGAGGAGUUUCUUUCUUCUGCCUUCACAUACCGCCAUCUACCAUGAGCAGUGCUACUCCAUCUACAGCUAAUGGCAACGACAGCAAGAAGUUCAAAGGAGACAGGUCUCUGUGUGGCCCCUCCCGUGUGCUCCACGUGCGGAAGAUUCCCACUGAGGUCUCCGAAGCAGAGAUAAUCUCCCUCGGAAUUCCCUUUGGCAGAGUCACUAACCUGUUGAUGCUUAAAGGGAAAAACCAAGCCUUCAUAGAAAUGGCUUCAGAAGAAGCAGCAAUCACAAUGGUCAACUACUACACCUCUGCCACUCCACACAUCCGCAAUCAGCCUGUUUUCAUCCAGUAUUCCAACCACCGGGAGCUGAAGACUGACAACCUGCCCAAUCAGGGGAGAGCCCAAGCAGCCCUGCAGGCAGUGAACACGCUGCAUUCUGGGAACGUGACCCUGACCAGCUCUGCGUCGGCCAGCGAGGGCGCUCUUGUGCCCGGCCAGAGUCCCGUACUACGCAUCAUUGUGGAAAACCUCUUCUACCCUGUCUCGCUGGAGGUGCUCCACCAGAUUUUCUCCAAGUUUGGAACCGUCCUGAAGAUCAUCACCUUCACCAAGAAUAACCAGUUCCAGGCUUUGCUCCAGUACUCAGACCCUAUGAAUGCUCAGCAUGCCAAAGCGACAUUGGAUGGUCAGAACAUCUACAACGCCUGCUGCACCUUGCGUGUGGAGUUCUCCAAGCUGACCAGCUUGAACGUCAAGUACAACAAUGACAAGAGCCGGGAUUUCACACGUCUGGACCUCCCAUCUGGUGAUGGCCAGCCCACACUGGAGGCUGCCAUGACAACCCCUUUUGGCUCUUGUCACGAUCAUUUUACCCUGGCCGACGUGCUCAGAAGGGGAGAGAUCACCGGCAGCUGGGUUGUUGGGGCUCCUGGUAUCAUCUCCUCUCCCUACACCGGAGGUCCGGGAUUCGCUCCCAGUAUUGGCUUCGCCCAGGGAGCAGGACUGUCCAUGCAGUCAAUGCCCGGCAGCCUCGGGCCUUUGGCCAUCCCGACGUCAGCAGUGACCGGGAGGAUGGCGCUCCAUGGGAUAGCCCCCACUGCUAUGCACUCAGUCCUCCUGGUGUCCAAUCUCAAUCCCGAUAGUAUAUCACCACAUGGACUCUUCAUCUUGUUUGGGGUCUAUGGGGAUGUGCAGAGAGUAAAAAUUCUCUUCAACAAGAAAGAAAAUGCCCUGAUACAGAUGGCAGAUGCCACACAGGCACAGCUUGCGAUGAGCCACUUAAACGGGCAGAGGCUUCAUGGUAAGGUCAUCCGCGUGACAAUCUCCAAGCACCAGACUGUCCAGCUGCCUAGGGAAGGUCAGGAGGACCAAGGGCUGACUAAGGAUUUCAGCAGCAGCCCAUUGCAUCGCUUCAAGAAGCCUGGCUCUAAGAACUUCCAGAAUAUUUUCCCUCCUUCUGCGACUCUUCACCUUUCCAAUAUCCCGCCCUCAGUGACGGAUGACAUUCUAAAAGAUCUCUUUGCUGGCACUGGGUAUACAGUAAAGGCCUUCAAAUUUUUCCAGAAAGACCACAAGAUGGCUUUGAUCCAGCUUGGCUCUGUGGAAGAAGCCAUCCAGGCGCUGAUUGAUCUGCACAACCAUGACCUGGGGGAGAACCACCAUCUCAGAGUGUCCUUCUCCAAAUCUACCAUCUAACAGCCACUUUGCACACGGAAACUUUUCCUCCCUGGCCUUCAGGAGAAAACAAUGAUCAGCUGAAUUAGAACUAGCGAUUUAUGGAAAAAACCGUAAUAGAUUCAUUUUGAUAGUUAGAUUUUAAAAAUGGAGUAGACUUCGAACGUUCAGAGAGGAACGCAUGGUGAAGGCCAGUUCUGGAUUCAGGGGAGGAUCUUUAACAUCCUCGUGCGACCAUUGCCUUGGGUGUCGCGCUUCGGAACCUCCUUUGGUGGACUAGUCGGGGGUCAGUGUAUCAGGGGAGGCGUGUCUGGAACCCCGGGGUUCACUUUCACACUGAUGUUUGACGGCACGUGGACCGUGACCAAAUGCUGCAUCUACGAAACUAGCCAUUUUGGUUUGAAGAGCCAUGAGCAGGAGGGAGCGGUGAGUUGUCAGGCCUGGACUCAACCCUCUCAGCGGGAGGGCAGUGACACCUUUCAUUUCCUGUGGUAUUCAUGCCAAGUGUCUUGCUGUGGUUGGAGGUUAUCGCACAAGGGCCGCUGUUGGGGCGGCGACUGGCGCCUAAGACUUGUCUGCGGAUUCCCCAACAAGAACAGUGCAGCACUGCAGUUUCGGAACAACCCGAGACCAGGCUGCCAUCUUAUUUAGUCUUUAUUUAAGGAACGUUUUGCACCUUCAUCGUUUAGUUUACUGUGCAAAGGCUUUUAGACACAGAAGUUGGUUAUUUGUGAAAACUGACGGCAAAUAAACGUGCUCUUCGUCCGCUCCUCUAAAUGAGGUUUGCGGACGGAGCUGGCAUGUUGGCGGAGGUCCACCUCACGCAUGCGGGCGCUGGCGAUGGCGGCGAGAUCACCGCGACGUGGACGUGCGGAGUGGAGUGGCUGCGCCAUGAUCGUACUGGAACACUCAUACACUCGGUGCUCAGGUGAAGAAAAACCGUGGAAUCAUGAAUGUGAAGAGACUGGAGAGGGUGACUGUCACUAGUCUAGAGUAUGUAGGUAAACCAGUCCAUUCGUUUGAUCACUUUACCAGAUGAAUCUGUAACGUGUAGCAAGUGCUACCUUCUCUGAGAACCUGUAGCCUUGCCUUAAUUCAUUUCUCAGCUCCUUUCAUCUUUAGUUUCUGUUGCUUUGUUCUUUCGGUUGUUUCCUUAUGGCAAAAAAAAAUACCCCCCCCCAUUUGCCUUGCAGUGUUACCAAUUAAACCAAACCUUGCAUGUGUGUCUAGAAUUAGAGAUGAGUACACCAGGGAACUGCAGAAAAAGAAGAGUAUCGCUCUCAUGGUAUAGAAGAGAAGAAGAGGAAUGCAUAAGAUCAUGAGUGAUUUGACUUGGGUCUCAUUGGGUUGGGUAGCAAGUUACCUUUAACAUUCCAGGGAGGGUUGGUGUGAUCUGAGGUUCUCGUGAUGCAGAAUUGUGCCUCUGUCACCCAAGGUCACCCACUGGCACCGUCUCCUUCUUACUCCUAGGAAAAGCAACACGUAAGCAAAAGCAAGGCUUGGUUACUGUUGUCACCUAAACCCGGAGAGGAACAAAAGGCAAACAUUUAUUUUAAAACAUCCAAGCUUUUCCCUCUCUCACAUUUUUUUUUUAAGUUUACAGUCUUAAAAUAAUUCAGGUCUGUAUAUUUUACAAAUUGUCAGGAUUUUUAAAAGGAAAAUUACUUAUUUUUGGUAAUAAGUUUUUUUAUGGAAGUGAAAAGAAACCUGUAACUUCCUGGGUUUUUGUACCAAUAUAAUCACUCAAGAAAUCACAGAGAAAUCAUAUUACUGUGUCUUCACUUAAUUUCUUAUUAUGUGCCUUAUUAUGUGCUCAUAAUCAAAUAGAUUCUAGAAACCUUACCUAAGAUAUAUACUACUUUGUGGGGUUGGUGAGAGAGUUCCUUUGUUUUACUUGUCUUAAUUGGAAGUGUGUGUAUGUCGUUGUUGUUUUUCAGUGCACAUAGUGAAUUGAAUGGUUAACUAGACAUGCAGUGUGUGCUGUGGGCUUCUAACCCUUUACUGUUAUGGCAUCUUUAAUUAUAUGAGGAUGAAACCAUUUUGGAGGCAAACUGCUGACGGAUCUGAGCUUCAUUCUUAUUUGGAAAUGAUUCGCAGACGUUGUUUGGGACUUGCAUUGGCAUUUCAGCUGAACAAGUUUGUUCAUAUCGCAGUGCCUAAGUCAGCCAUCAUUGGCACAGGACCGAUGCCAGUGGGCUUCUUUCCCAGAGAGCUCAUUCAGACACGUGCCUGAAAUAUGUAUUUAUGGUGCAAAUCAUCUUCUCCCUUCCACUGUUGGAGAGAAACCAAUGAGAUCACAUUUACACAACAGUACGCUUCAUUUUCAGUGGUGCUUUGCAUUCUAUUAAAGCCUUUUUAUUUUCUGGGGAACUUUGAAAGGAGAGUGGUUUGGAUGAACCUACACUUUCUGAGGAGUUUAUUAAGCUGGUGGAGUAGGAUGAAAUUGUGAACUCAGACAGGCAAAAAUUAUGGUUAAUGGUUAUGAACUUUAUCAGACUGCAUUGUGAAUCACAAAUAAUCAAAUAUGUCCUCUGAUUAAUCUAGUUGUAUUAAUGAGAUACGGCCUUUAAUGUACUCUAACUCUGUGGCAUUUGAUCACAUUUCUAGUUAUGAGAUAAUUAUGAAUACAUUACAGCUCAAGGACUUUGUAAAUAGUCAUAGCAGUUAACAUAAAAAGAUUAGUUUCUUUUCAUUACAUCUCCUUACGGGUUCCUUGUGGCGUAUUUGCUAUUUUCAAGGGCUAUUUCAGUAAAAGCUAUUGCAUGCCUUAAAUAUGAGAGAAGCUGCCAUUAGUCACUGCUGCUUAAUUUCAAUUAAUGUAUUAUUGGAUUCGUUAUUGUAUGUAAAUGCAAUGCAAGGACCAAAUUAAUUGCUCAUGCCAAUGGCAGGUAGACCAAGGUUCAUUAAAUGCUGCCGUUAUGAAUAAUUUGGAAUCAGAUCUGACCUAACAACUGACGUUUUUUUGAUUUAGAAAAGCACCGUUCUUGAAAUUCAGCUAAACUAACUACAAAAUGCGUUGCCGAUACUAAAUUUGGGGGAAAAAACAUGCGACAAAAAACGAAUACUCGAUGCAUCACCAACCAAUCACAACAACAGGUACACUAGUGAUGUUCUGAAAGAUGUUCUUGCGACACGAAAUUGGGACGGUUCCGGACAUAAGAGAAUCUCAUGCCUGUCGUCGUUCUCCAUAGUCCCUCUUGCGCCGUUUCCAUGUGAAGUCGGUGAAAAUCAGUUUCCCCUCAAUAUCUGGAAGAUUCAUUUGGUUUGUAGUAGGGACUUAAAGAAACGAAAAAGACGGGCAGAUUUUUCGAGACGUUUUCAGAGAAGCUUCCUAGUUUUCGUUGAGGCCCACAGCACAGUGUCCCUUUAAGAAUGCUUUGGUUGGCCCUUUUGUGUGAAUCUGUCUGAGAUGCAUCUCCAUGAUUGUUAUGUAGGGAUGUAACCAUUCACUGUAUAAUAUACAUAUAUAUAUAUUUUUUUUUUCUUUUUUUUCGUUAUUCUAGCUUGUUGAUUUAUCUUUGGUGUGAUGUUUUAAAGAAGGUGUGAAACUGCUUUCAGUUGUCCUCUGUCAUUGUUUCAUCACAGGGUUUGGGUCAUCCAUUGGGGGGGGGGGGGCUUAGUUCAGGUUAUUCCUGGCAAACCAUAUUUAUUUUAAAACCGAUCAGGGGAAGCGCAGGUGUCUCUAAGCCUAAAUUGGCUGCAUUGGAUCUCCUACCCCCCCCCCCCAUUCAAUAACUGAUUUUUCUUCUGAGUCUUUUUUAAUGAUUAAAGAGUCAGAUUCCAAAACCAUGUGGGGGCAAAAUGACCCCGGACACAAGACCUGUGGGUCUUUUUAGUUAUUUUGUGUUCAGUCUUAGGGAUUUAGGUAGAAGAAGCUCAUUCACAUUUUAAAGUACCUUAUUAAUCAGCUAAACACAAUAUCCAUAUUUUACCUUAUUAAAAAAAAAAAACGUAUAAAACCGGACCAAAGUUUUUUGUGCCUUUUACAGACCUUAAUUACAUGAUUCUUUUUUUACUGUCAAAAAUCGUACACAGUGUCUUGCUUUUCAAAUUGUAUGUGAUUGAAUAGACUAAAAAAAAAAUAGAUUCCAGUCUUUUAAAUAAAUGUGUUUAUUUUUUUAUUAAGUAUGGCACAAGAUUGUUUGAAGUCCAGGCAUAAUUUUAUUUAUACAGAAGACAUAUUAUUAAGACUAAUUUAUUUGCAUAUUUGGCUGUUCUCUCGCUCUGUCUGUCUUGGCAAAGCCACAUAUGCAUUUGAUAAUUUUCUCAUUUACUUAGUCGUUUUAAUGAGAAUGGCUGUUUAAAUGGAAAUAUUCCCAGGACCUUUCUGAAUGGGGUCAAACCUGUAUCCCGGCUUAUGAUGUACAAUGUUUCACUGAAGAAAAUUGAUUGUUUUAAAAGCUUUAGAAGAAAAAAAAAAGUCACUAAGCAAGUCUACAGACACCAAAGGAGUAUUUGAAUUUGAGCUUUGUGCCGACCAUCGAGUUAAAGGUGCAGGUGAAUAAACCUUCGCUUGUGUCAUGAAAAUUAAACGCUAUUUUAACAGUGACAUUCUCACCCCUUUGCGUAAAUGCCAGGCUGCAGUGGGAGGAGCAUCUCUGGGGACGUGAGCCUCAAGUUCAUUUUUAGCCUCAGUUUUUCCCGCCCCCCGCAUUUUUCAGUUGGAAAUGUGAUAACACCAUUUUGUUUGAAUGUUCAGUACAAUAAGGAAACAAAUGCUGUACAUAUAUUUUCCCCUUUGUUUUCCUUAUUCUUUUUCCUUUGUUUCCAGUGUUUGGGAACAAAAAUAUAUAUUUUGCAAUAUAAAGAAGAAAAGCAGACUUUGUCUUGUGCAUUUUUACUGAGUUUCCAGAAGCAGCUUUUCUUUGUAAAGCGGUAAGUGUGGCACCAUUAGCCACGAGAGAGUGGCUUCCACUGUUGACUUAAUGUAAUGACAUGCAACUAGAGGUUUGAUUAUUAAAGAAACAUGUUUUCUAAUUUUGCAGUGUGCAUGGCGUUUCUGUAUUUUAUAGAAGACAGUUUGGGUUUGUAUUGCCUAUAAUAAUAUUGCUAUUACUAUGAAUACUACUCCAGAUACUACCCUGCUUACUUUCUCCCUAACUUCAGUUGUAGCAUGCCUUAAAUAAAUGUAAUGAGAUCGGUA